UUGAUAUACAUUUUCAAACCUGAAACGAAGGAAAAGUCUUCAAUACAGGAAACUGCUAUAGAAACCUCAUUCCUGUCUUUCAAAAAUAUGGCGGUAUCAUCACCCAGUUGACAUAGUUUAAAUUCAUUGCAGUCAGGGGUACUUGGAGACGACAGUUAACCCGAUGUCGUUUUUCUGCGUCUGAGUUUAGCUAGCCAACGUCGCCAUGACAUCGCCUACAAACGUUAUCGGGGGUUUCUAUUGGAGAAGCAGUUUCUGCUUAUCUUCAUACUGUGCUGUCUUUGGUAAUAUUCUCUGACGAUAGUCACUCACUCGUUUUGCCUGGACGCGGAGGGCGGAUGUAAACGACUACACAGAGCUAUGAAAACUGCGGGCGCAAAAAUGAGCUAAUUAGUCAGCUUGACACGUUGUUUUUGAUGGAUUUUCGUUGAACUUGCUUUCUUCCUAGCCUUUUUUUGCGAGUAAAUGUAGCCUGCUAGCUAACGUUAGUCAAUAAGCUUAUUUUUAAUGUUUCCAGGUGACGAGCGACAAGACUCAGAUACGAUGGCAGACAGCGCUGGAGCUAAGAAUGAUAAUUCCAUAAUGGAAAGUCCACCCGUUAGCCCCUUGUCCGUGAGGGAAAAGCCUCCAGAGUCCCCUGGCUCUCGCUCAAGGUACCAGGUCAGCGCACCCGGACACAGUUUUAGGAAAGUGACUCUCACCAAGCCAACGUUCUGCCACAACUGCAGUGAUUUCAUAUGGAGUCUUAACGGAUUCGUUUGUGAAGUGUGUAACUUUAUGUGCCAUGAAAAGUGCCUGAAGAUGGUGAGGACUGUGUGUUCAUGCAUGGCCCCAACACAGGUGCGGGUCCCUGUCGCCCAUUGCUUUGGUCCAGCAGGGCAGAAAAAGAGAUUCUGCUGUGUGUGUCGAAAGCAUCUGGAGGGAAACACUGCCGUUCGUUGUGAAGUUUGUGAGCUGCAUGCCCACUAUGACUGUGUUACGUUCAGUUGUGGCGACUGCCGUCUCUGUCAUCAGGAUGGGAGUCAGGACUUUGCCAAGGAUACGUUCCCCCACCACUGGCGGGAGGGGAACAUUCCUUCAGGUGCACGCUGUGAGAUCUGCCGGCGCACCUGUAGCUCCUCAGACGUCCUGGCGGGGAUGCGGUGUCAGUGGUGUGGUAUUACGACACACGCUGCCUGUUAUCUCAUUGUGCCGCCAGAGUGCGGUCUGGGACGGCUACGCAACAUGCUUCUUCACCCUGCUUGUGUGCGAAUAUGCUCGAGGAACUUUAGCAAGAUGCACUGCUACCGCAUCUCUGAGAGCUACCAGAAUGAGCUGGAUAACUUGGAAGAUGCUGACAGACCUACAAAGGAGAGCCAACUGGGAACCACACCAGAUUCCGGGAAGCAGGUUCUCAAGGUGUUUGAUGGGGAUGAUGCAGUCAAGCGUAGCCACUUCCGUUUGGUCUCCAUUCCUCGGAUAACCAAGAAUGUGGAAGUGGUGGAGUCAGCGUUGAGGGCCUUUUACAUCCCAGAUGACCCCCUGGAAUAUGAGCUCCAAGACAACGGCCAGCAGGCUCUAGUCGAUGACGACGUCCUCAACCAUAACGGCACCCCCGAUAAGGCCAUCUUUAAGGAGAAUGUGCCCGAGGCGUGGCUCCUAAGGGCCAAACCUCAGGAAACCGAGGUCCUCAGGAUCUAUGCCGGCUGGCUCAAGGUUAUUGUGGCGUACAUAUCCAUCUCCAAGAACAGCACUGUGGAUUCUGUCAUUAAGGAGGUCCUCACUCAACUGGGAAAACAGAAUGAAGACCCAUCAAGCUUCAAUCUUGUGGAGGUUUACAUGGGCAGUAAGCAAGUUCAGAGACAAGUGCUGACAGGCCACGAGCUGCUGCUGGACAAACUGCAGGAGAUAAGGAAGAUCUCCCUGAGGCAGAUGAACCAGACCCGUUUCUACAUCGUGGAGAGCAGGAACAGGAUUGUGCAGGUCAACCUGCUUCUAGAGGGACUGCCUGUACAGCUGAGCAAGGAGGAAUAUGCAGACCUGCUACAGGAGCACUUAGCUAUCAAGAGUCACUUGGUCACCAUCACACAUGUUUACGGGAACCAAGGUGCAGUGGUGUUGCAGAUAUCGUGUUUCUCUGAGGCUGAGAGGAUCUACAUGUUAGCCAAAGACACGUCUGUCAGCAACCAGCAGCUCACCUCUCUUGUCCUACCAGAGAUCAUGCACAACAAGUUACCCAAAGGUGACUCGCCCCUACUGGUGUUUGUCAACCCUAAGAGCGGUGAGCUGAAGGGCAGAGAGCUCCUCUAUGGUUUCCGGAAGCUUCUGAACCCCCACCAAGUGUUUGACAUGACCAAUGGGGGACCAUUGUCUGGACUCCACACGUUUAGGGCGGUGCCCCGCUUCCGGGUGCUGGUGUGUGGGGGAGAUGGGACAGUGGGCUGGGUCCUGGGAGUCUUGGAGGCCAUCAGACACAAGCUGGUCUGUCCCGAGCCCCCCGUCGGCAUCGUCCCACUCGGCACAGGUAACGACCUGGCGCGGAUCCUGCGCUGGGGGGCGGGCUACAGCGGAGAGGACCCCCACCACAUCCUGGUAUCUGUGGACGAGGCGGAGGAGGUGCAGAUAGACCGUUGGACUAUUCUGCUGGAUGCACAGGAGAUCACAGACGACGGCAAGGAGAACGGCUUCCUGGAACCACCAAAGAUAGUGCAGAUGAACAACUAUUUUGGGCUGGGCAUCGAUGCUGAAGUCAGUCUGGAUUUCCACCAUGCCCGUCAAGAGGAACCAGGGAAGUUCAACAGCAGGUUUCACAACAAAGGUGUGUACCUGAAGGCGGGUCUGCAGAAGCUGAGUCACACACGGAACCUUCACAAGGACCUCAAACUACAGGUGGACAAGCAAGACAUAGAACUGCCCAGCAUAGAAGGCCUCAUCUUCCUAAACAUCCCCAGCUGGGGCUCCGGGGCAGACCUGUGGGGAUCAGAGGGUGACUCGCGCUACGGGAAACCUCGCAUUGACGAUGGCAUGCUGGAGGUGGUGGGGGUGACUGGGGUGGUACACAUGGGCCAGGUGCAGAGCGGCAUGCGCUCUGGGAUCCGUCUCGCCCAGGGCAACUACGUGCGUAUCACAGCGACCAAGCCCAUCCCUGUGCAGGUGGAUGGAGAGCCCUGGAUCCAGGCCCCCGGACAUAUCAUCAUAUCUGCAGCAGGCCCAAAGGUGCGGAUGUUGAGGAAGUACAAACACAAGCAGAAGAAGCAGUCUGCCAGCCUAAAAGAGGGGCUAUCUGAAAGCCCUUCGUCCAGCGAUGGGGGACAAUGAGGUCCCCCCCCAACAUCUGCUCCUUGGUGUCUCCGUGAGAGCAUGAUGGUCUGUUGGCUGCUCUAAACAGCUGUGACCUGUGUGCCCAAUAGGUUCUCAGGUGGUUUGUGUAGUUAGCACUUAUAGCUCCUGGAGUGGUACAUUGACAAAACAUUUAGCAGUCACUCCCAUUAUCAUCUUAAUGUUUAUCAAUUUCACAGUUGUUGGGUUCGGUUUGCCCCUGUUAGGAUCCUUCAGAUUAGCUUCUUGUCUAAUUCGUUGGUUUAUAUAUAUAUUAUACAUGCAACCUCUAUAGACAAACAUUGGCAGUAGAAGGGCCUUCCUGAAGAGCUCAGUGACUUUCAACGUGGCAUCAAGUCACCUUUCCAUCAAGUCAGUUUGUCAAAUUUAUGCCCUGCUAGAGCUUCCCUGGUCAACUGUAAGUGCUGUUAUAGUGAAGUGGAAACAUCUAGGAGCAACGGCUCAGCCGCGAACUGGUAGGCCACAGAACGGGACCGCCGGGUGCUGAGGUGUGUAGCUCGUAAAAAUCUUCUGUCCUCUGUAGCAACACUCCCUACCCAGAUUCCGAACUGCCUCUGGAAGCAACGUCAGUACAAGACCUGUUCGUUGGGAGCUUCAUGAAAUGGGUUUCCAUCGCCGAGCAGCCUCACACAAGCCUAAGAUUACCAUGCGCAACGCCAAGCGUCGGCUGGAGUGGAAACCCAUUGGACUCUGGAGCACUUGAAACAUGCUCUCUGGAGUGAUGAAUCAUACUUCACUGUCCGACGGACUAAUCUGGUUAUGGCAGAUGCCCUAAUAAUGAUCUGGGGCUGUUUUUCAUGGUUCAGGCUAGCCCCCCCAUGCACAAAGCGAGGUCCAUACAGAAAUGGUUUGUCGAGACGUGUGGAAGAACUUGACUGGCCUGCGCAGAGCCCUGACCUUUGGGAUGAAUUGGAAUGCUGACUGCGAGCCAGGCCUAAUUGCCCAACAUCAUUGCCUGACCUCACUAAUGCUCUUGUUGCUGAAUUGAAGCAUGUCCCCGCAGUAAUGUUCCAACAUCUAAUGGAAAGCCUAACAGAAGAGUGGAGGCUGUUUAUAGCAGCAAAGCGGGGACCAACUCCGUAUUAAUGCCCAUGAUUUUGGAAUAAGAUGUUUGACGAGCAGGUGUCCACAUACUCUUGGUCAUAUAGUGUAUUUAUAAGAUGUAAUUACACUGCUACCAUGUAAAUACCAGACUGUAAAAUAAAGUGUAAAUGUUGCUUUUUCGAAGUUCAGACAUCGAGCUGCUUCAGGGAGUCCUCUGAGUCAAAUACUGGAUUCAAAUGUUAAAUAUUCCAGACACUUGUGCUUGGUUUUACAAAGUACUAAUGUAAAAAAAAUCAAACUUAGUGCAAAUUUCUUACGAAAUAAGAUUAUAAGGAAAAGAAAACUGUCUAAAACCACACAGUGGCCAUUUAAUAACAAUUUUAUAAAGUUAAUGUGAAACAUUAUUUCAAGUGGAGGCUUACGACAGUCUUGGAAAUAUGCACAGCCGCACACACACACUCACAUCUUAAUAUUCAGUCUGUAGCUAAGUACCUCAUAUUUUAGUACCUCAGCCUUUCUCUGUAGCAGUCGCCCUCACUGCAGAAUGUGUUUACCAACACUUAAUGCCUCACAAAUGUAUUCCAAACAUAAGUAUCAUUGGGAGACGGGAAAGCUGAAAGCUGUCGAGGAAGCUGUAGGUAGGAAAUUUGAAUGGAAUCAUGACUUAAACGUUGCACUCCAUACGUUGUCUUACAGUAUCUCUGUUGCUGCUCAUUUGUUUAUAGUUGAUGGAAUGAAUGCAGGGAGGAGACCACUAGCCAAUCCUAAACAUGCAUUAUAAACUAGAGGCUUGUAUUGGAUUUCUCCAGCCAUUUAGUUGGCCUAGAGAUCAUGUUUCAUCCAUAGUAGAAAGUACGGUACCUGUUCUCUUGUGAGCACUUCGUCCACAUUCCUGAUGAUGUAGAAUUUACAAGAAAAUGCAAUCAUGAAAAGACUCCAUAAUAUGAAAGAAGAUCUCUUAAAAAAAAAAAAAAAGUUUAACAUCACAGCUCGAACAGUAUUUGAUCGAUUGUGUUAUUUUUUAAAAAUUGAAGUCGUAUGUAAGUUGACUCACUUUUGUGGCUUGGUGCUAGUGUGUAGCAAAACGUUUGAAUCUUUCACCCCACUAGCAGCUUCCGGGCCCUUUUCAAUCAAAGCUGAUAAGCAGGUGUCAGGGUUGAGUCUGAGUCUGCAGUCCUUUUAUGCAGUGUGAAAGCUUUUGAAUUGACAUGCAGUUGAUGUUCUUGAUUUUGACUACAGGAAAUCAAAUGUGCAUUGACAGCUAGGCUUGAAUGAAUAGGGUCCUAGACUGUUGGGUCAUCAUGGCCAUUUAGACACACUCACUGUGGUUCCUCAUCGGCCGUGUUCCAAUUCUCUCAAUGGCUUCCUUUCCUUGUCUCCUCUCCUUCCUGACCACUAGUAAAUGAAAGGAUUAGAUAGGUAUUCACUAUAUACAGUACCAUACUUUCACCAUUCAAGUCAAGAGACUUAUGACAAGUUAAUGAACCCAUAUAAGACUGAGGGGACACAGCUUUUGUGUGAAAUGCAUGUACUGUCAACACCAUGUGUACUGAAGUCACAUGGGUAAACAUUGAGUUUUUAUAUUGUCCAUGUUUAUUCCAUUUAGAGGCAGAAAGUGUUUAUGCAUGUACAGUAUGUAGAGGUAAGUAUUGUGUUUCAGAUCAAUAUGUAUCUGUCUUUGGUGUCAAUGGUCAGCUCUGUUCUGCAGUGCCCAUUGGAAAAUACAGUAUUUUAGAAUAAUUGCUGUGAGGCUGAAGUCACAACAUAACUCCAUCCCCAAAAGCAAUCCACACCAAUGAUGGAGAUAGUCCAAUAUGUUUGCCCCUUUAACCCGUUUCAUAAGACUGAAGAAUGUCCACACCAAGGGAUGAAAUUAAAAGACAUGGGAGAAGUGAUGACUGAUUGCUGGUAAAUGCAUCGGAACACAGUUUGAUUAGGGUUUUCAAUGUGUUUACCCACAAAAGUGUCAUUAUAGUUUUUAUUUUUUCAAUUUCUCAAUGUUGCUGCGCUGAAAACUGCGUAACAGCGUUGAUGUCAAUGCCCAAGGUACUAUUUUUCUGUGUCGAAUGUCGCUUAUGUGCGUCUCGUAGUAAGUUUACAGCUUCUGCGUAAAUUGUGCCUGUGCGAUGAACCUUCAGGCCAAAGUGUCGUUCUGUGGUGUCAUUAGGCCUAAACUCCACGUUGUGCCUCAUUGAAGUGCUUCUAGAACGUUGGUGGUAUUACCUGUGUCAAAAUGUUUAACAUGAUAUGUGGUCCACUCCUGCUGGUGCAGUGAUUUGAAUAUCUUAAUCUCUGCGUUUCUAGACCAUUUUGAGUUAAUGUGAUUUAUGUUGUCAAUUCUGUAUUUUUAUUUUGUUUUCCUGAUAGAAGGUAUUUUGUUUUUGACCAAGUCUUAAUGGAAGUUAAAUGUUAAAAUGAAUAAAUAUUUUUGCAGACAAAAGCUGUUUUUAGUUUUAACUAUAGUUUUAACUGUAAAUUGCACUAAAUAUAUUGUUUAACAGAUGCUUUUAGGUGAUUGUUUACUGUUUAAUGUUGAAAUAACUAAAUAAAAAAUGUUCAAAAACUAAAGAUAUAUGAAACGAUACCGUGUAACAACUGUGUCCAUUUAAAAUUAAAAUGGGACUUCUUAUGUAAUACCUA